CCCUGCGCUACUAACCGCUUGCGCCCGCUGCCAGGCAGCGGCAGGGAUGGCGAGCCGCGGAGCCGGGGCGGUGACAGUAACAACGGUUUCGCUAUUGGAUGAGGAGACCUGAGGGACGGGCCAGCUUAGUGAACAAGAAGAGACCGAGGCGGGUGGCCCCGAGAGAGUGAGGGCAAUGGAGGCCAACAUGCCGAAGCGGAAGGAGCCUGGCAAGUCCCUGCGCAUCAAAGUCAUCUCCAUGGGCAACGCCGAAGUGGGAAAAAGCUGUAUUAUAAAGCGAUACUGUGAGAAAAGAUUUGUGUCCAAAUACCUUGCAACAAUUGGAAUCGACUAUGGAGUCACAAAGGUACAAGUCAGAGACAGAGAAAUCAAAGUUAACAUCUUUGAUAUGGCUGGACAUCCCUUCUUCUAUGAGGUUCGUAAUGAGUUUUACAAGGACACACAAGGUGUGAUACUGGUCUAUGAUGUUGGGCAGAAAGACUCCUUUGAUGCCCUUGAUGCAUGGCUGGCAGAAAUGAAGCAAGAUCUUGGACCUCACGGAAACAUGGAAAAUAUUGUAUUUGUAGUGUGUGCCAACAAGAUUGAUUGUACCAAGCACCGCUGUGUCGAUGAAAGCGAAGGGCGUCUUUGGGCCGAAAGCAAAGGGUUCCUGUACUUUGAAACUUCAGCACAAACUGGAGAAGGAAUUAAUGAAAUGUUCCAGACCUUUUACUCAUCCAUAGUUGAUUUAUGUGAAAAUGGUGGGAAACGUCCUGUCACAAAUAGCAGUGCUAGUUUCACCAAAGAACAAGCAGACACCAUUCGCAGAAUUCGAAAUAGUAAAGACAGUUGGGACAUGUUGGGAGUCAAACCUGGAGCCUCAAGGGAUGAAGUCAACAAAGCGUAUCGGAAACUCGCGGUGCUGCUUCACCCUGACAAAUGUGUGGCGCCCGGUAGUGAAGAUGCCUUCAAAGCAGUUGUGAAUGCCCGGACAGCCCUCCUGAAAAACAUCAAGUAGAAAGUAGAAAAAGACAAACAUGGGCCUCGAGUACAAACAGACUUUCCCUAGAGGUAAAAUAAUCAACAUAGAUUUUUUUCCUCCACAAAAUUUUAUUGCUUUUUCCACUCGUGUGUUAUUUGGAAAUUGGUAAUUCGGGUGCCUGUUACCAUUUCGUAGAGAGAUGAAGUGAAGAGAACCAAGCAUCACUUAUACACCAUAGUUCAUUUCAUAUUUCCAAAUUGAAUUUUUUUUUCUGAUUCAUUUGUAAGCUCCUUUAGGCACUUCAUUCAGGGAAGUCCAUUAGAUUUCUAGAGGGAGGAAGGACAAGAAGACUCUUUCGCUUUGUCUUUUCUUCCUUUUUUUAAAUUCAUCAUCAGAAAAGAAAAUGACAAAAACAGAGGCAGACAUAGCAAAACCCCUGAAAGUUUGGCGUGACCUCACAAGCAAAGUGCUCCUUUUAGAAUGAAUUCCGUAGGUGGUAUUUUAACCAUCAGCCUAGAAUUAAUGAACUCUUAGUAGCCCUUUGGAAGUUUGUGCUGCAAGGCAAUGCAGUUCUGAAAUCAGCAGCCCUUUUAUGACAUUCACGACGUUGGCCUUCUCCAACCACCAGGGGGAGGGACAAGCCAGUCCUAAGAGAGUAAAGGCAAUGGCAGCCACAAUUUCUGGGUAUACUGGCUGCUGUUAGUCCUGCUCCCGGAUCUAAGACCUUUCUUUUGCUGUGAAAAUGGUGUGCUGGUUGCUGUAGGGAGCGUCAUCACCUAGGCAUCAAGAAUCAGACCCAAGAAAGAGUGGUGGCAGGUCACACUAGAUUGUGCAGACAUCCCCAGUCACGCACGGUCAGCCUGGCUGAGGCACAUUUGGUGCCCUAGGAGAGCCCCCACAUGAGACUGAUACAUUUUCUUGUUUCUGCAUCAUUUACCACAGACAGAUGGGAAAGACCAGGGUGCUUUUCCAACAAGCGAGGCCUCCUCUUUGCUUCUUCAUCAAUGUUGGUUCCCUCUUUUUUCUCUCUUCUUCUCUCCCUUCUUGUUUUUAUUUUUUAUACACUACAUCUGCAUCAUUUCUCUCUUCUCAAAACCCUGGUUUCCAGCCACUGCCUUCUCAGUCCUCCCUUACAAGCCUUGACCCGGGCCUGGUUGACCAGAAACAAGAAUGGAUCCUCGGGGUAGUGAUGGAGGGAGAGGCCUUAAAACCUGUGUGGGAGGAAUCUCCGUAAUUUUGCUUGUGUUCUAAAUUUCUGAAUAGUAAUAUUUUUAAACUACAUUUUAUGAAAAUUAAUUUCACAUAAAAAAAUGCAUCCUCUUGCCAUCGUCUCCUCCUCAAGCUCCAAGGGUGGAUGAAGAACAAACGUUAGGACUGGCCUUUCUUUCAGAGCUUGUAGAACCUUUCUUACUGCGUGACUCGUGACAUCAUCACUCGUUACGGCACCCAUAAUUUUCCCUGUGACGACUCUGCACUGAUAGGGGCUUUCAAGGACAUAAAACAUUACUGUCUGUGAGUUUUAAACAGCGAUCCCACAUUGAUCGCCUAUUAGCAUACCUUAUCACCUAAGAAGAAAAGCCACUUUUGUUUAAUUUAAGCCCACUGCAGUCUUCUGGGUUCUCACCCUUUCCCUAGCAGCUUCACUUUGUGUGGCUGCACUUGGGCUGCAUCGAGCCCGUUGUUAGGAAACCAGAGCAUUGUUUUCUAAUAUGAGUUUUCAUCUUAGUGAUACUGAAAAUGUUCUUUUUUAUGAAUUGAGAUCUGAGAUAUGAUUUCUUAUGGGAUUUUUUUCUGGCCUUUUCAUUUUAACUAGCUCCUGAGACUGCAGAACUCCAACCCAAAGUUAUUCCGUAUCUAAAUUUUGCUUAAGGCAUUCAUCAUGUCUAUAGUGAUUAACCUGUUCUUGCAACAGACUUUAGGAGUGAAUGAGGGAUCGUGCAAAUUGACAUGACAACUCACUGAGUAUGUGGCCCUGUAUAAAAAGCUGGUGCCAGUUUUCAUCACUGUUAUUAAACACUAGGUUGGUCACCUCACCAGCUACGUUGUGCAUAUGAACAAUUAUAGCACAAAUAGUUCUUUAGUUUUUUCAUUCAUAUCUUUACAUAAUCAGUGACUUAUGAAAGUUAAGCCUGAUCUCGAUUCUUAGGUCUGGGGCCUCCGUUCCCAGCACCUUCAUUAUUAAUAUUAAGGAUGGCCAUGUACUACUUCAUUUAUGUAAAGGAAAGAAAAGAAGAAAAGUAAGAUUCAGAGUCCUAGAAUUUUUCUGAUUUCCAUAAUCCUUGAGUAGAAUCAAAAGAUAAUGAAGAAUGACCUGCAAUGAAAAGUUUUUUAGUACUAACUUCAUACAAAACUUUACAGACUUCUGCACAUUAAUUUAUUGGUGCAAAUAUGUACUUUGUCGUUCAACCUCCUUAAAAUUAUUCAGCCAGUUAGUAUUUCAAAAUAUAUCAGUGAGAGUAACUAGCAGACUAAUUUCAAUGGCUAAAAAAAAAUUUAUAGAGAAUCUUGUAUUUCAAAAAAGAAAAAAAAGUUUGAACUGCUAUUGUUCAAGAAAAGCCAUUCCUUCCACAUCUGAGUCAUCAAGAAUGAACACUGUUAAAACUUGUUAGCAAUCCCUGGAGGCAUUUAAUCGUCCAGCCUACCUAAGCACUUUAAAAUGCACCCUCCUUUUGUUCCUGUUCUCUUUUUGCGCCUCCUUUUUAGUUGAUGUUCUCAGCCGUCAACAUUCCUUUCACUUCUGCGUUGUCAUUGUAUUUCUUUACAUAAAUAUGUCCUUGGUUUUGUUUACCUGUUAACUUAAAAGUCCAGAUUCGGGCGUGUUGUGCUGCUACCCAAGAUUAAUUGCUCUAAUUCUGUAGAUUGCACACUGUUCUCACAUUUACCUGAAGAAACUUACUCUAAUAUAUUCUCUGGUAGCUAUUUCUUUAUAUCCAUCAACUAGUACCUUAUUCGCUGUUAGUUAAAUGAGCCAUAGGUAAGACAGCUAAAUUUCCGAAAGCCAGAGUAAGUUUGCAGCAUCAGUAAUGACAUAGCUGUUCCUCACACAAUCUAGAGGGGGAGAGAGGUUAUUUCAGUUUCAAGUUAGAAAGGGGGGAGCCAUAUGUACAUUGACCUUGACAGUGACAGUGCCUUUCUUAGAAGUAAUUUCAGUAGGCACAGGAAUGUUACACCCUUCUCCACUGCACUCCAUCUAAAUGACUCUGCCAAUGUUUUUGGAAAACUUUCGAAAAUAAAUUUGGCUGCAAAAUACAGCUAACCACCUUCCUUUGCAAGUUUUGCAAAGUGAAGAAAGGUUUAUACUUCUUGUGAUUGGUAUUUAGCACAAUUCUAAGGCAGUUAAUACUGUUCGUACAUUGGUUUUUCCAUUAAACGUCUCUAGAGAAAACAAAAGCUUAAACCUGUGAUGUGGAUACAUCAGAUUGUGUCUAACAAGCAGUGCAAUAUUAAGCGGUGCAAUAAAGGCCCUGUUGGUGAAAUGGCUUGUUGGAAAGUUGGACACUUUGGGUUAGCUUCCUGCAUUGACUGCUCACAUGGGCAUUAGUCCUUUCAACUGUGAAUGCAGUCUCUAAAGAAACCCUUUGCUCUUACGAGGUAAUUCAUGUGUUUGCUUUCCGUUGAAAAUGUUAAAUCUAACAGUUGUUUAUGUCUUGUAUAGAGAGUGUAAUAUGUAUUUAAGUUGUGUAUUUUUAUAAAGUAAAGCCAAAUA